AUGGUCAAACGGAAAUUGGCUGCGUUAGAGAAGGUUGAGGCGGAUCUGUCGUACGUCGAAGAUUUUCGCGCUCAAUACUACCAAUAUGAGAAUCACCGGGAAAUUUUCAUGGCAACGCCUACCUCAACGGAGGCGGGAAUAAUUUCUUUACGUGACUUGAUAGAUUUUAUCUCGCAUGUUGCCGACUGCUAUCCCGACAUAACCAAAGACUUUCCACAGCAACUCAUCGAUAUGCUCAUUCAACAUCAUGUGGACCUCGAGCCAGAACUUCGUGAGAAGAUCGUCGGAAGUCUGGUGCUCCUGAGGAAGAAGGAUAUCAUUGACUCAGUUACACUCAAUAAAGCCAUGCAGGCAGUCUUGUUCAAUCUAGUGACGUCGGAUCGCACGUCUUCGAAAGCUUUGUGGGCCAUCAAGAUCACUAGAGAGCUAUGGAAAAGGCAGAUAUGGACCGACGCAAAGACGGUUGAGAUCAUGAAGGAGGCAUGCUUGGCUGAAAAUGAAAAGGUCAUCGUUGGCGGCGUUCGAUUCUUCCUUGGUGGAGACAAAGAAAGAGAGGAGAUGGAAGAUGACAGCAGUGACGAUGACGGGGUUGAUGUCGCUAAGCUAAAACACCAAGUGGGCAUCAACAAAAAGACGAAGAAGAAAGCUCGCCAAGUCGAGAAAGCUAUCGCGACGGUGAAGAAAAAGGAACGAAAGAAGAAGCAGCCCCAUGCACUCAACUUCUCUGCACUACAUCUUUUACACGAUUCUCAAGGCUUUUCCGAAGAGCUGUUCUCCAAGCAUUUGCAGAAUACCAAAUCCAAGUUGAAUCUGGAGCAGAAACUUCUUGUCUUGCAACUGGUCUCGCGCUUGAUCGGCCUACACAAACUUACACUCGUUCAUUUUUACUCUUACUUUCAAAAGUAUCUCACUCCUCGACAGCCCUCAGUCACAUCAUUCCUGGCGUCACUUGCUCAGGCAACACACAAUCUUGUUCCGCCCGAUGUACUUGAACCUUUGAUCCAAAAGAUUGCAAACGAAUUUGUGUCCGAGGCUUCGGCCGCGGAGGUGGCUUCAGCAGGCCUGAAUGCUAUCCGCGAGAUUUGCGUCAGACAGCCACUAGCUAUGAACGAAACAUUGUUGCAAGAUUUGGUCAUGUACAAAAAGAGUAAGGAUAAAGGUGUUAUGAUGGCCGCAAAGGGUCUACUCGGUCUCUACCGCGACGUAGGCGCCGACAUGCUGAAGAGACGUGACCGAGGCAAGGAAGCGUCUAUGGCACUGAGCGCCGGCGAGAAGAAAGAGAUUCGUUACGGUGAAGAAGCAGCGGGAGAGAUAGAAGGUCUUGAGUUAUUGGCGAAAUGGAAGGAGGAAGAGCGAAAAAAGAGAAGAGCCGAACAAGGUCUACCCUCUGACGGCGAAGACGAGGAGGACUUGGAAGCAGAUGAAGAAGCAGGCUGGGCUAACUGGGAUGUUGAGGACGACGAUAGCGAUGACUCAGAGGGAUGGAUUAAUGUCGAGAGUGACGCCGAGAUUGAAUUGAGUGACUCCGACGAUGACAAACCGCCAUCCAAGAAAACGAAACAGGAAGACACUGCGGACAAGGCAGAGAAGAAGACAGCAGCAGAAAAUGAUGCAGACAAGGAAUGGAACAAGCUCGCUACCAGCCGGAUUUUGACGCCUGCCGAUUUGGCCAAGUUGGCAGAGCUUCGCUCUGAGUCUGCGGUGAACUCUCUACUCACAUCGCGAUCCAAACGUGUACAAAAGGCGCAGAGCACCACCAACAGACAUAUCGAUGAGCCUCUCACUGCAGCGGAGAUUGAAGGUCUGGCUCUGCUUUCCAAAGGAAAAGCUACGCGCGAGGAGAAGAUUGCCCAUGCCAAGGAGUCCAAGACUGAUCGUGAUGAAUUCAAGAGUAAAACAGCACGCAAGAAGGAGAGGAAAGUAGCAGAUGGAAAGAGCACGACCAACAAGGAGAAGGCCCGCAAGAAGAAUUUCUUGAUGACAUUAGGCAAGGCCAGAAGCAAGAACAAGCGUAGUCUGGUAGAGACGAGAGCAGUGCUGAAGGCUCACCAUGAUCGACAGAAGAGAGGCGGACGGCGUGGAAACAAGUGA